AUGCGUACAGAGUUGAAUGUAAGCCUGUCAAACGGCAUUAGUAAUCCAAUGACUGCAAGAUAUGAUCAAACGAUUAAUAGGCGAGAUAAGAUAUAUACAUUUUCUACAAUUGAAACGAUGACUAAUGGAAAUUAUUUUCGACCAGAUAAUAAAAAUUUCCCAUCAAUUGAUUCUAUCAUUGCGCCCGACAAGCUCUUCCAGAUGACUACUGCCAUAAAUCAUCCUAUAAAAAUGAUUGGUUUGAAAAAAGUUUAUGCCAAAUUAGCAAAGACAGGCGACAUUGAUUUUUUCUUUACUGUACCAGUGCAGUUAUUUGACAGUUACAAAAACAGAAGGAUUGAUUUGAGUUCCAAAUUAGAAGAUGUCGAUGAAGCAUCUAAAUAUUUUUACACUCAUAUUCAGAAAGCUGCUGAACUCAAUGAAGUGGCUAAAGCAGAAGGUGCGAUAGAAACAGACACUAUAUACGAACCAGAAGUUAACAUAUUAGACUUCUGA